AUGGUCUGUCAGAAUCCGAACUGCAUGUAUCUACAUGAACCUGGUGAAGAAGCAGACAGUUUUACAAAGGAAGAUUUGGCUUCUGUUAAAUAUCAUCUCAAAGAACAUGCAAGUACCACCGAACCACAUAAGCUCCAUCAAUUGGGAAGGCCACCCUCAUCCGGACCACCUAAUAGUGUAUUUCCACCACAUGCUAAUCCACCGUCGCAUCCCACAACUUCACAUCCCACAACUUCACAUACCGUACCACCAUCACAUCCCACAACUUCACAUACCGUAACCUCAAAUUCUAAAAAGAAUGCUGAUGCUCCUCCUUCACACCGGACGCACGGAUCGGAAACUGACAAAGGAAGUAAUGACGAAAGAGAAGAAGCUUCGGCCCUACCUCCGACAGCUUCUUGGGCUAAUAAACCACCAAGCACGGAGACAACGCCCAUAUUACAUAAUCAACAAUUAUCUCUAUCGCAAUCUUCAUUUUCACAAAUAACACAAUCUUCACAAAAUACAACCUUAAGUAAUUCACAUUCGCAGCAAUCAUCACCACCACCGUUGCAACCUUCAGUAAUUCAAGAACAAAAAUCAAAACGUUUGGUCUCUACAGAUGCACAACCGCUGGGCACAAAAGCGAUUAAAAAAACCGAUUUAUCACCAAUGCCCGCUUCAAUUCCAAACAGCAAUGAUAUAGAGCAAAAUGCGGAAAGGGAACAACCGCAACAAUUAACUGUCGAAUCCAAUAAAGAAAAAUCCGCAGAUAAAAAGGGUCUACCAGAACCUCAUUCACAACAGUUGAAUGAUAAAUCGUCGCCACAUUCAAUCAAACAGUCGGAUAUAACUGCCGAUUUCGAUCAAACAUUGUCUGCGCUUAGCGAUGGAUCCUUUUCUUUCUCCUUUAAUGCACCAUUAUUGAACAAUUCAGUUCUUCCUGAAGAAAAGCACAAGAAAAUUUCAGUUGUUCCGGACAACGGUAUAGUUGGUGCUUCGCGUGUAGUAUCUCCGCCGCCAGGUGUCGGUUUCCCUAUGUCGGACAUUUCUAAAUCGGCUUCCGAAUUUGUUCAACAACCUAUCUCAUACACUGGUCCAUUCAACCCAUUUGCAUCUGAUGAUGAUAAAUUUGAUCCUUUUACCACAGAAAAUCAGCAUUUGAGUGUUCUCGGUGUUCCUUCCCUUGGAAACAGUAGCAUACCAGAAAUUUAUUCGAAUGAAAGUGGAAUAAAUUCACAAGCGAUUUCAAAUUCCGUCAAAUCACGCAAUUCGUCUAGAUUCGGUUUUGCUCAGGAAGAUGGUAAUUUCUCUCCUUUACGCUUAAGCGAUCCUUUGGCCACAAAAGAUUUACAAGAAGGAUUUCGAGCACUAUUUCCUAAUGUCAAUAUAAGUUUUGGACCGAGUGAUGUGCAUCAAGAAGCCAUGUGGAAUACAUCAAAUGAUUCUUCCACUUUUGCGCCACUGCGUCGUACUUUACCCCCGGGUGUUCCUAUUUCUGGUAUUAAUCAAGCUCAAUCACUCCUUAACGCAAACUCUUCUACAGGUUUGGACCACAAUUACCAUCAAAAUAUAUUAAUGCAACAUCAGCAAUUGAAUGGAAAUAAUGUUACUACGUCAAUAAAAUCACCGCCUCCGGGAAUUUAUACUCAAACUCCUCGAGUUGAUUAUGGAAUAACCGGUUGGAACCCACAAAACGCUCCUUGGGAUAUUGAUGAAGAAUAUGUAUCACGACAGCCCACCCAUCCACCUUCACACCAAAGUCAGCCAUUUAUACCAGGCAUAACGCGGCAAUCCAGAGACGAUGCUCAGGAUUUCUUUGGAGCUUUCCUAAAAGCAGCAUCGGUUAACUCAAAUGCUCAUGAAGACUUACCUAACGAAGAUCCGGCUAUAAUGUCUGUUCGAAUAUCUCAAGCUGAUAAUGCAUACAGGGCACCAGGUGCACCAGUUAUGCCACAACAGCAAUUUCAACCAAUGCAAAAUGUAGGGAGCCAUCGUUUAAGUGUUUUUGAGCGGGUAGCAAGAACGGGUGACGAACAAAUUAGUAGUGGGUUCGGUGUAGGAAUCGGAUUGGGUAGUGUGGAUGCAGGCAUAAAUGAAGAGCCAAAAGAAAUACAAACAUCCGCUCUUUCGGAACGAAUCAAUGAAAUUGGAAAGGAAACAGAUCAGACCGUCAGCGUGGUGGUAGCUCCUGACAAAGAUGCCGUAUGUAAAAGGAAAAAUGAGGAAAUUGGUGAUUCUUCGAACACCAAUCACGCUUUAAUGCUCGCGCCCGCAAAGGAUAUUAAUAUAAAAUCAAAUAGCAGAGAUAAUUCCCAAAAAAUUAAAUCCGUCAACAUUCCGUCCAGGCAACCUCUAAAUAGAAACAUCGCAAAGAAGUCGGUUCCUAUGGGUCCGGAUUCUAUGCCAUCUAUUACACCUCGUCCAAAAUGUAAGCGUAGACAGUCAAAGAAGCAAGCUAAUUCUAACGGCAAACAUCCUUUCACAAAUAAUACGAAAUAUAAAGAUGUUCAAAAAAACGACGACAAUGUGUCUCUUAUAAGUAGGUUGAGAAAAGAUAGCAUCAAAACCUCUAAUGGUGCAUCACAAAGGACGGUCGGAGACAUUACUAAUGCAGAGGAAUGUCUAAAUGAACUUGGAAGUGAGAAGGAAGAUUUAUCUACGAACGAAACUGAAUCUCUAUCCACUGAUAAAAAGGCAGGAAUUCCAUCCGACUUUAAUGAUGAAGACCCAAAUGAUUAUUCGACCUUUAGUCCUGCGACUGGAACUUCCUCAGACCUACAAACACCUACCUCUGAAUUUUUAUUUGCAGAUCUACUUUCCAAAGACUUUAACUUCAGCACAUCUCCUAUCUUCAAUUUAUCAACUUCUUUAUCCUCUUCCCUAUUUAGUUUUUCAAACAAUAAUUCCUCGGAUUUCCUGAAUUUGAACGGUGUUACAAAUUUUUGGAAUAAUUCUUUUAAUACCAACAAUUUUAGCAAUACUGAGAAUGGUUCAAACGAUGUUCGUAUAAAAGAUCUUGAACGACAGUUAGCAAAUGCCAAGCGUGAGGAAAAGAUAUUAGAACAUCGUUUGAGGGACAUGGUGAAAAAAAAUACAUCCCUCUUACGAGAUAUGUGGAA